AUGGACAUGAAUGUGGUAGUGUUUAUUGUUUAUGCCACAAUGAUCUAUACUUUUAGUAAUGAAUCAAUGUAUCCAUGCCCUGGAAUUAACGAAACGUCAUGUUGCCCAGGACACAGAUGGGAUAUUCCACAGCAUAAAUGUAUACACUGUGAAAAGGGAUACAACGGAACAAACUGUAGCAUGAUAUGCCCUUACCCUUCCUUUGGUCAAAACUACAAAUCAAACUGCAAUUGUAUAUUGAAAGAUUGUGAUCAUAGAUAUGGAUGCAAUCGUACAAAAGGAGAGAGUGAUAUUCCUCCAUCAUUAGGCUUUAUCUACACGAGCCUUACUUCAGAAUAUGUCACAUCUAAAGUCAGCAUUCCAAAAAGUUGGUAUUGUUCAGAAAUUGAUUGGAACUGGUUUCUAACUUAUUAUUAA